AUGGAUUACUAUUUGUUUAAUAAUAUAAAAAUAAUUUAUUUUAACUUAAUAAUAUCAGUAGCAUUAAUUUUAAUUGAUGUAAAAGCUUAGAAUUGCUCAAAUUUAAUCUCGAAAUAAACCGCAUCUAUCACACGCUAAGGCUAUCAGUGUAUUUAUGACUCAAGCUAAAACUAUUCAAUUGGUGAUUUAGUUAAAACUUACAUUACAUAAUAGACUUCUACUCAAUUUAAAGACAUAGUUUUAUCUAAGGGUGAUUGCGAUGUAUAAUACUUAAUCAAUCCAAUCAGUUAAUCACUAUUAAAUGAUAUUUUAAUUGAUUUUUAAGGUAAUAAUGGAUAAAAUUUAUCCUAUUUAUAAAUUAGCUUUGAUUCGUACUUUUAAUUACAAAAUGGAGUUUUUCCAGAUUCAAUUACAAUAAUGACUUAUUAGAAAAAUGGAGGAAACUCUUAUUUAAAUUAGCUAGAUAAUUCUGUGAAAUAGUAAUCUUCAUCUUUAAAUUGCAAAAAUAAUUAUUAUAAAAAAUCUGAAUAUUAUUUAAUUGACAUGAAAUCUGCUACUUCCUACUUUACUUUACAGACUUAAGUUCAUCCUAAUACUUUUCCAAAUUUAAUGGCAAAUAUUCAAAUACUAGCAUAUUAUUAAUGUCCAAUAGGCUGCUCUACAUGUAAUACAUCUGGCGAAUGUUCUGCUUGUAUAACUAAUUAUAAUUUAACAUAAAAACUUUGCUUAUUAAAGUGUAGUUCAAAUCAAUAUGCACAAGUAACAGAUACUGCUACAACUGAAUAAAAAUGUUUAUAAUGCGAUGUUUCUUGUUUAACCUGCUUUGGUAAGUCAACUAAUUGUAAUACUUGUAGUAAUGGAUAUUAUCCUAUAAUUACCACAGGAACUGCUACUACGUUUUAAUGCGUAUAAACAUGCCCAGAUACUUACUAUCUUACCAAUAAUCAAUGCAAAUAAUGUCAAGCACCUUGUCUUAAUUGUUUAGGUGAUCCAAAAAGCUGUACUUCUUGUUAAAAUAAUUAUUAUCCUUUGAUAUCAUAAUAAUAAAGUACUACAUUUUAAUGUUUAACCACCUGUCCUAAUGGAUUUUAAUUCACAUAAAACAAAUGUUAAGAAUGUUAAAUUUAUAGUACAUAAUCCUGCUAUAGUUGUGGUCCAACUUGCAAAACUUGUUAAAAAGGUGAAAAAAAUUUUUGUUUAGAUUGCUAUGACAGUAUGACUUUUAAUGGUUAUACAUGUGUUUGUAAAAACACCUAAGAUACUAGAGCAAACUUAUAUCAUUGCAGCUAUGAUAUAUAUGCAGCAGUUUAAGCUACCUAUGAGAGUAGUGUUCCUAUCUUAACUCUAGAAUUCGGAUCACCCUUAGUUUCUGUGUAUGGUCUUUCAUGCAACUAAAUAUUUGACUAAGCUACAAAUGACCUAUUAGGAUUUAAUUCGAUUUGCGAGAUUAAUUCAACUUAGAUAAUUGUUACUUUAAGUUCCGAUGCAACAAUAAUGGCUGAUAAUAUAAUAGGAUUUAACAGCAAAGCUUUGGUUCUUCAAUUCUAAGGAUACUCAAAUCCUAUAAAAAUAUUCCAUCUAAUUUCAAUUGUAUAAAAACCAGGACCUUAAGCAACUGUAAUAGUUUAAUAUAAUGAAAAAGUAAACUCUUGUGAUGAUAUCUCUUUUGCAAUCGUAGGUCUUUUAAAUGAUGGAAAAAGAGAUUUCUUUUAAAUACAAUGGAGUUUAGCUUAACCUGAGAGUUAUAGCAAUUAAACGCUAUCAAAUAUUAAUAAAAUUAUAAGUUUAGCAAAUAAAAAGCAAAGUCGUAGCUUAUUUAUAAACCGAUAUAUUGUUGCUCCUGAUACUUCUAUUACAAUUAAUCUAUUUUACAUACUUAAAAUUUAACAAAGAAGCACUCUUUCAUUUACUACAUUUAAUUAAUUAACCAAAUAACUUUUUAUAUAAAGUAUUUAAAAUCACUAUCCUCCUAUCUACAAUUACAUGGAUAUAAAAGUAUUCUUUAUUUUCUAUGUAUAACUAUGCGACUAAUAGGGAAAUAGAAUUACUAAAGAAACUUUAGACGUUUAAGUAGUUUCUAAAGCUUAACCAGAAUUAAACAUCGUUCAAAACUAAUUUAAUGAUGAAUAGAUUGAAAUAGAUAUUAAGCCUUAUUCUAUUCCUCUAAAUUCUACUUUAGAUCUUUCAGUUUAAGCAGUUUCAAUAAGUAAUAAUUUGAUUAAUUCUACUUACAAUAUGUCAAUCACCCCAUAAAUCUCAGAAUUAUUUAUUUAAAUUUCUGGUGGUUCAGACAGAAUGGUAGAUUAUUAAGCAAAUACUACUAUAACUGCAGUAGCAAGAGAUUACGAAAUUUAAGAUGCUAAUUCACCUUAAGGAAUCUAACUUAAAUGGACUUGUUAAAAUAUAGCUUCAAAUAAUGCGGAUUCUUAAUGCUACAAUUAUUUAUUUGAUGUUUUUCCUAUUCCAUAAAAUGUUUUAAGCUUCACAAUAGAAGAGGGAAUUUUUAAUCCAUAUCAGAGUCUUAAAUUUACUCUUUAAGGCUAAAAAGAUAGUAGAUAAUCAUUGGCCAGUGUUUUAUUAAUAUUUACAGAAAUUAAUAUACCUGCUUUAAUUGUUAAAUUUGAUGAUGAAAAACUGCCUCAAAAAGUAAAUAUUAAUGAUGAUAUUUCCGCAACCCUUAUUUACGAUUCAAAUACACCUAUUAACCUUUUAACAUAUGCAGGUGCUAUAUUAUACAAAAACAAAGUUGUAGGUAUAAUAAAAUUUGAUUAUCUUAAAAUCAAAUUUAGAAUAUGGGAUUAUUUUUCUAUGAUAAAGGAAAAUAACCCAGUAGUUUAAGUAAGAUUUUCAGUUUAUAAUCCAGCAAACAUUAUGCCCAGCUUGAGUAUCAUAAACUUUAAAAUUAAUAUACCACCAUAAAAGUGUGUAUUUAGUGUUAGUCCUUCUAGUGGAAUAGCUCUUGAAACUUCAUUUAUUAUAUAAUUUUCAGGGUGUAUAACAAAAAGUAACCCAAUUACUUACUAAUUCUUUUACUAUAAUCAAUAGAUAGAUUAACUUUAAGAAAUUUAAGUACCAUAAAAUAUACUUAGAAGAUAAAUUUAAGAUUAAUUUAUUACUAGUUCAAUAAGAACUGUUCUACCAUCUGGAGAUUUAGUUAUAAUGGGGUAAGCUAUGGAUUCAAACUUAGCUAUUUUUAACUCUACUGUUCAAAUUAGUGUUCGUCCUUAUGACUCAGAUGAGUAGAGUCUAUUAAAACUCAUAGAAAAUGCCAUAGAAGAUAGCUAAAAUACAACUACAAGAAAUGCUAUUCUAUAAUUUAGCAUAAUAGCUGAAGAAAUUUCCAAGAAUAAUACAAUCUUUAAUCUUCCUUCAGUGAAUGAAGCAAAGAUAAAAUUAAUAUAAUCUAUGCUUUUUUAUUCAAAUAAGUUACCAACUUCUUCAUUUUUAUCCACUUUAUCAAAUAAGCUAAUUUCAAAUCUCUAAUCGUCUUUGAUUGUACAAUAAGAUUAACAAAGCUAAAAUCUACUUGGCCAAGUAAAUUAAAUACUUAAUAAUUAAUAAUCACUAAUGAAAGUUACAAAUAAUAAACUCAUGAGUAAUAAUGAUAUUGUUCUACAGAAUUUAGUGGACUCCUUUAAAAUUCUAAACUCAACAACUUAAAAUUUUAAUGCUGUAAACUCAACUAAUAGUCUUUUGUAAACUUAAUUAAAUAUGUCAGAUUAAAUAGGUCAAUUAAUAAAUAAUAUUUCAAUUCCAAAUCAGGGCUAAUUUUAAAUGUAAGGAAAUCAAAUUUCUUUAAAUUGUGAGUAAGUAACUUAAAAAAACCUUUAAAAAUACUAUUACGAUUAAGGUGAAAAUUUAUUAGAGGAAUCUAAUAUUUAUAAUGUAGUGAUAACUAAAUAUGAGUAGAAUCCUUUUAAUCAAAGUGAUGAGUUUCAAAAUUAUGUGAAUCAGCUAAAAAAUUAAACACCUUCAAUCUAAAUAUCUUAAAAUCCAGUUAUUAAACCUUUAAUUUAAGAUAUGACAAAUUAAACCAAUCAAAAUGUAACCAAUAAAAUACAGAUGUAGUUUCCAAAUAUAAAAAAACCAUCAAAAAAUAACCUGACUUGCAUAUAGCAGCAAAAAUCAAGUUGGUCGUCUAAAAAUUGUGUAAUUGUAGAAUCUUUAUCAAUUGGAGGAUAUAAUUGUAUUUGCAAAGAUUAAAAACCUACAACAAUUAUAGAAGAUUUAGAGGUAGUAUUAAAUAACAAAAAUUUAUAAACAGCAUUUGGUUCAGAAGGAUUUUCUAAUAUAACUCAUUUCAGCACAUUUUAUGAGUUUGCAAUUUUUUGGAUUUUAACAUCGGUUACAUUAAUAUAAUUUGGUCUUUGUUGGUUUGGAAAAUAAUUGGAUAAAAAAUAAUAAAUAUGCAUUCCAUCAUCUUUGACAAAUGUAGCUCCUAUAUAAGAAAACAAUAUUUCAAAUCAUAGAUAAUUAUAAUCUUUAGUAAACAUGGAAAUAUUUGUUUCACCAGAACAAACUAAUAGGUAAUAAAAUUAAGAAUAGUAAAACGAUUUAAAAUAAUAGAACUCUCUUUAACAACAGUAAUAUUAGUAAGAGAAUAUAUAAGAUGAAUAAGAAAAGCUUUUUAAUGAAAUUGUAAAUUGGAAAAUUAAAUAAGAAAAGAUUUAAAAACCUAAAUUUAAUAGAAGAGUUAGCUUUUUACCCUUAAGUGACAAACAUAUUUAAGAUAUAUAAACAAACAAUGAUAAUUUAAGUGGUUAAAAAAUUUUGUAAAAUAACAGUGACAAGAUACAAAAAUCUUUAGAAAAAAGUAAUGAAAAAUUAUCUGAGCAAGAAAAAGAAAAAUAAUAAAAAGAUACCUCUAUAGAUUUAAAGGACAUAAUACAAAAUCUUGUUUUGUGA